CUGCAAGCUCCAAUCGGAGUAUACAAAAAUUGAGAGCCUGUCGAGUUUACAACAGUGGAGCUCGUCGAAAUGUUGAGAAGAUUAGUGUUGCAGGCUUCAACUCAGCGUCGUUCACUGUGUGGUUCUUCCACCACACUCUCAUCAUGGUGUCGUCAAUGUUCUUCUACUUCAACUUCUCAAUCUCCUCACAGUACUUCUGUCGAACACUUGGAGGACACCAAAACUCCCCCCUCUGCAGCAAUCUCAGUCGACCGAUCCGGCUUAUAUAAUCCUCCUGAGCAUUCACAUGAACCGUCUUCGGAUUCCGAGCUUGUUAAGCAUCUUAAAAGCAUUAUCAAGUUCAGAGGGGGGCCCAUUUCAGUUGCUGAAUAUAUGGAGGAAGUCUUGACGAACCCAAAAGCAGGGUUCUACAUUAAUCGCGAUGUGUUUGGUGCAGAAGGUGAUUUUAUUACCUCUCCUGAAGUAAGCCAGAUGUUUGGAGAGAUGGUUGGUGUUUGGGCGAUGUGUCUGUGGGAGCAAAUGGGGCAACCAAAAAAAUUAAAUCUUGUGGAGCUGGGACCAGGACGAGGAACUCUCUUAGCUGAUCUUCUACGAGGUGCAUCAAAAUUUAGGAACUUCACAGACUCUCUGCACAUUCACAUGGUUGAAUGUAGUCCAACUCUACAGAAACUCCAAUAUCAGAACUUGAAGUGUAUAAACAAGAAUGACGAAGAUGUAGAUGCAGAGGAACACAUUAUUAGCAGGUUGACUGGGACCAGUGUAUCAUGGCAUGCCACCCUGGAUCAGGUUCCGGCAGGAAUACCUACAAUCAUCAUUGCCCAUGAAUUUUACGAUGCGUUACCUGUUCAUCAAUUUCAGAGAGCAUCUCGAGGCUGGUGUGAGAAAAUGGUUGAUAUUGCUGAAAAUUCCAUGUUUCAGUUCGUUUUGUCUAAACAGCCAACCCCUGCAACUCUGUAUCUUCUGAAGCGGUUCAAAUGGGCUGAGAAUGAAGAAAUAGGCAAGCUUGAACAAGUUGAGGUUUGCCCCAAAGCAAUGGAUUUGACUCAAGAAAUUGCUAAAAGAAUUGGCUCAGAUGGUGGUGGGGCUCUCGUUAUUGAUUAUGGUCUAAAUGGAAUAGUCUCGGACAGUCUUCAGGCUAUCCGAAAACAUAAAUUUGUUGAUAUACUGGAUAAUCCUGGAAGUGCUGAUCUUAGUGCUUAUGUUGACUUUGCUGCAAUCAGGCACUCUGCAGAGGAAGCUUCAAAUGAUGUGGCUGUGCAUGGCCCAAUGACUCAGUCUCAGUUUCUUGGGUCACUCGGAAUAAAUUUCCGGGUUGAGGCAUUGAUGGAGAAUUGCACAGAUGAACAAGCUGAUUCUUUAAGAACAGGUUACUGGCGCUUGGUGGGUGAAGGCGAGGCCCCAUUCUGGGAGGGUCCUGAGGAGAAGUCUCCUAUUGGGAUGGGCACCAGAUAUUUGGCAAUGGCAAUUGUGAACAAGAAGCAAGGAGUACCUGUUCCAUUUCAAUGAAAAAUCUGUGAGUGGGCUUUCUGGUUGUACUGGUAAAAUGGCCAAAUCCCCUUAGUUGGGGAUAGUAACUUUUUCAUCUGUCCUGAAUGUGCGUGUAACUGGGUGAAGGCUAGGACCAAACAGGAUGCUGACUCUUGUUUAAUCCUGCUUCCGUGCAAUGAGUCUUUUCCUUUAGUUCUGAAGGAGAGAAUAUCUUGUCUUUUCAUAUAAUGUCUUUAUUUCUUCAGUUCUUUC